UGUUUCCUCCGUUCUGCGUACUUAAGGGAAGCGGGUUCUUGUCAAGUUUGUUCUUUGAACUUGGUUGGAAGCGACGUUUUCUCAGGUCAAUGUUGGGUCGCGGUGUGAAGAGGAAGUGGAGCUGCUUGGAGGAGCUGGAGGCGGAGGUGCUCCCCGGCGCCGCAGCGCUGGACGAGAAGAGUCAGGAUUCGGCGGUGGGCGGAGGCGGCGAGCCGACCAUGAGCCACCUGCAGCAGCGCCAGCUGGUGCUCAGCCUCUGCCUGGAGAAGCUGCAGCACUACCAGGCCGGCGUGGAGCUCAGCCUGCGGCGCUCGGUGCUGCUCAUCAACACCCUGAGGCAGAUCCAGGAGGAGAUGCGCAGCGACGGGUCGGGAACGUGCCCCCCAGGUGUUCUCCACGGCGUGGAUCCUGACUCCUACCUGCUGAAGGAGGACUUCAGAGAGGACGUGUCGGUGACGUGCUCUGGAUGUGCAGAGGGGGACGCCGAGAGCCUUUCUCUGUCUCCGCCAGUGUCUCCAGAGCCCGCCGAGCAGCAGAAAGCUCCACCCACCUCGGGCAGUAACACUUUCAGCGACGCGGGAAGCGCCAUGGGUUACCUGAGCGACCUGGCCCUGGACGAUAUCUUUGAGGACAUCGACACAUCCAUGUACGAGAGCUCAGACCUGCCCUCAGCCUGGGCGGCCGGCCCCCUGUGGCCGGUCACGUGGUGGGAGGAGGACAUGAAGCUCCGCCCUCCCAGCCAUUCCUCCGCCGGAAGUCUGCAGUCGUGUCUGAUGGACCUGAACGAGCUGGACCACAUCAUGGAGGUCCUGGUAAAGUCCUGAUGAACACUCAGAGGUUUGAAUCAGGACAUGAGCCUCAAAUACUCCAGAAAUAUUUAUUGUAGAUUCUCCGUCAUGGAUUUGUGUCCAGAAACAAAGAGGUUCUGGAGUAUUUCUGACAAAACUCAAGCAGUCUCCACAAAGUAAUUUAUUGGUAAUUUUACAGCAAAAAUGUAUAUUUUAUGACAAAGUAUUUUAUAAGAGAAAUAAUGAUGUAAAAAGAAACGAUGUAGCAGUGUCCGAGCGGGAGCGUCCAAGAAACCAAAGCAGCUCCUCAUCCAGCCUCAAACCCUCGAGAAUCUUUCACUUUCUCUCCUGUUUCUGCCAGUUUUUCUCAAAGCGUGCAGCUCUGAUCAAGGCCGGCGCUCCGAUGGGAGGAACCUGAGCUGCCAGAGGCGUGUGCACCCCUCGCAGAGCUGAGCCGGGUUAAUUAUUCAUCAAAAUCCCUUCAAUUACUUAAGAGGGCCUGCUGCAGCCGGCCUCAGGGGCAAAGGCCUCGCUCGGCUGGGACGCAGACGGGGUCCUGCCUCGCAGACGGGGUCCUGCCUCGAGACGGGGGGCUGCCUCGCAGACGGGGGGCUGCCUCGCAGAUGGGGGGGCCGCCUAAUGCAGCCGCUUGGACCUUUUCUGGAUAUUUAUGCAGCCUGAGCUUUAGCAGGAAGGCAUAGGAGAUGGGUAACAUGUCAGACAUGUUGACUCUCAUGGUAUUUUAUUUAUAAAUGAAGAAUCGGCCACAGACUGCUUGUAUUGUGAUUGUAACUCAGAAUUCCCUCUAUCCUGAGUUGAACUGCAGCUGAUGUUCUAGAAAUGACAGCUUUUCCUUGCAGCAGCUGGAAGUUGGUUCUUAUUCCCAUUCUCUCUGUAAAUAAGGAACUUUCAGGAAUCUUGCCGCAGAA